ACCCCGUCAGCUGUUCAGAAGAUAAAAGAGCUUCUUAAAGAUAAACCUGAUCAUGUAGGUGUGAAAGUAGGUGUUCGUACAAGGGGAUGCAAUGGACUUUCCUACACAUUAGAAUAUACAAAAUCAAAAGGAGACUCUGAUGAAGAAGUUGUUCAAGAUGGGGUUAGAGUGUUUAUCGAGAAGAAGGCACAGCUGACACUUCUAGGAACUGAAAUGGACUAUGUAGAAGACAAACUGUCCAGUGAAUUCGUCUUCAAUAAUCCAAACAUCAAAGGAACAUGUGGCUGUGGGGAAAGCUUUAACAUCUGAAAUCUCAGGACUACUUCUUUGACUUUGAACACCCCAAAACACUUACUAUUAUGACUUUCAAAAGCAAAUGCAUUUUAUUCAGGUUCGUAGGCUGUAUGUAAAGUUAAGAAAAACAAAUGAUUUUAAAAAUGUAAACUGUGUGUUAAAAUUCCACCACUGAUGUAGUUAUGCUGUAAUUUUUGAUGAGUUGACAUCCAAAAGGUAAGAACAGUAAGUGCUACAGUAAUAUCUCUGUACUUCCACAUGCCAGGGAAAUAAAAUCUCACUGUUCUUUUCCUUUGUCAUUUUCUUUGUCCAUCCUACUCAUAGUUUCCCAUCCAAAACCCAUUUGAAAGACCAUAUUGUGUUUUGCUUUGAUUUGGAGGAAACAAACAAACAAAUGAACAAAA